AUGCACUACUCGGUCAUCAUUAUCGGGGGAGGCAUGGCCGCGGGCCAGAGCAAUACUUUGAUAUUGGAGGUUAAGGAUCGCUUGGGCGGAAGACUCAAAUCCCAUAAUUCAACUUUAAAGCCAGGUGUGUGCUAUGAUUUAGGAGCGCUGUGGUUCCAUGAUAGCUUGCGGAACCCGCUUCUCGAGAAAGCCAAGAAAUUAGGAAAUGUGGAGUACUUCUAUGAUGAUGGCAAACAUAUAUAUGCCUCAGAACACUACCGGAGUGUCCCUGCCUGGGAAUAUGAGAGAGUUAUGGCAGACAUUGAAACUUUCGGAUUUCAUGGAGGGGAGCUUAUAUCCUGCCAGGCUCAGGUUUCUCAACAAGUAUUGCGGAUGUGGUUGGAAAUGUGGGAUGGCAUUCUGUGGGAAGUUGCUUCUGCAAAGCAUUUCUUCUCGUGGGGUGCUGAUCAUCUUGGUCGAAAUGCACAUGACAAGAACGGGUUCGAGACUGUAUUCAGAAAUGAACUAGCUGAGUUACCUGAGGCAUAUCAAAAACAAAACAUUAGAUUGAAUACACAGGUAACGCAUAUCAACUAUGAGAACAAUGAUUAUGUCACUUUGACCACGAGUGAGGGGUCGGUCUACACUUCCGAUUAUGUCGUGGUGACUGCCCCGCUGAGUGUUCUCAGAAUCACUGAUCAAAAUGAUAGGCAUAUCCUUAAUUGGGCACCAUCGUUACCGCAAAGAUUCCAGAACUUUUUACCCGAAUGCCAUUAUGGAUCAUUGGGAAAAGUUGUUUUGGAGUUCGAGAAAUGCUUCUGGCCCACAGACGUGCACAGGUUCUACAUUCUUGCGUCUGAGAUGAGUUCACUAGACAUUGUUCGACCUUGGCAGAACCCAACUUUGAUCAUCAACUAUUUUGCCAUAGCCAAAGUCCCAUCAUUGGUAUUUUUGACCCAAGAACCUGUGUCUACGCAGGUUGAAAGAUGGUCUGGAAAACAAAUAUGGCAGCUUUUUGAGCCAGUUGUCAAGCAGAUUGCCACAGGACCAAUCUCAGAACCUUUUGAAAUUUUAAAGUCAGACUGGAACAAUGACCCGUGGACUCAAGGGUCUUAUACUGCGGGCCGGAUUAAUACCCGGCUGGCAGAUGAAGGCUGUCUACGAUUUGCUGGGGCGGAAACAAUUGGUGGGAGCUCAAACGGAUGCGCCCAUGGGGCAUUUUUAAGUGGCGAACGAGAAGCACGCUUUAUUCUACUGCAAGAAAAGGUCCUGUCCAAGAUAUAG